AAAUGGUCUAACAAGGUCUGCCUUAACAAUAACCCUUUUCUCAGGAAACUCAAGUCUCCGGUGAUAAAUAAGAAUCACAACAAGACAGGAUGCAUAUGGACCCAGCUGCUGAGCUGAAGGGAUAUGGGAGGCAAACAAUCUGUGCUCCAUUGUCUUAGCAUGUCCUUUGCAGGACUUAUUUGUGCAAUUUGAGCUUGCAAGGGGAAGAUCACGAAGUUCACGGCUCCUUUGCUCCGCAAAGAUGGAGAUUCUCCUCCGCAUCUUUUGGCAAGGGCUGCUUUUGGGACUGAUGGUCCAGCCCAGCAAAGCAGGGGAAGUCCUGUGUCCUGGCACUGCUUGCUACACACUCCACUUUGGGAGGCACAGCUGGAUGGAGGCUCAGCGAAAGUGCGAAGACAAUGGGGGCAACCUGAUGACUGUGAAGAGCCAAGAGGAGGCAUCGCUGGCCUGGCAACUGCUAGACAAGAUGCCCAAGGAGGGAGCUGGCAUAGACACGAAGGUAAGACUGUGGAUCGGGCUCCAUCGGGAGAUGGGCAAAUGCUACCAGGAGCAUCAGCCACUGAAGGGCUUCAGCUGGGUGAAAGGAGGCGAGGACACCAAGUACUCUAAUUGGGAACGGGAGCCCCUUGGAACAUGCACAACCAAGAGGUGUGUGACCCUUCAGAGGGCUCCUUCCUCACUUCAGGAACUGGCCUGGGUAGACAGCCACUGCAGUAGUUCAGCUGUCGGGAUGUCGGGCUACUUGUGCAAGUUCAGCUUCCAGGGGAUGUGCCGCCCGCUUGUUUUGGCGGGGCCAGGUGUUGCCAGAUACACCACCCCUUUUGGCAUAGCCACUGCUUCCCUUGCUGCUGUGCCCCUUGGCUCCACCGCUGAAGUGGCAUGUGAUCCUGAGAGGGAGGUGCCGAACCACUUCCUCAUGUGCAAGCCACAGUCUAACAGCAACACCUCGGAAUGGAGCAGCCCAGGUCCAUUCUGUGCUUCGGCCACUUUGGGUUGCAGCUACAACAAGGGGGGCUGCGAACACAAGUGCCUGGACUUGGCCAGGGGCUUGUUCCAGUGUGCUUGCCACGCCGGAUACCAGCUUGCAGCAGACCGCCUUUCCUGCGUCCUCGUGGACUAUUGCAGCUCCAGCCCAUGCCAAGGGCAAUGCCUGCCACGCCCUGGCAGCUUUGAAUGCCUCUGCCCUCAGGGUUACAUGUUGGCUGGCGAUGGGCUGCACUGUGUGGAUGUGAAUGAAUGCAGUGCUUCCCAAAGCCCAUGUGGACAGAUCUGUGUUAACACGAUGGGCGGCUUCACCUGCCUUUGUAAACCUGGCUACAAGCCUGCCGGUCCUGAUGGCCAGGCAUGCCAGGACAUUGAUGAGUGUGCCAGGGGCAUGCCAUGUGACCAGCUUUGUGUAAAUACGCAAGGCUCCUUCCUCUGCUCCUGCUACCCAGGCUACCAGCUGGAGGGUAUCAAUAGCUCUUCUUGCCUCGAUGUGGAUGAGUGCCUGGAAGAGCCUUGUGAACAUAUGUGCAUCAACCACAUGGGCAGCUAUCAGUGCUCUUGCAGACCAGGCUGGACUUUGGCAGACAAUGAGAUCUCUUGUGUCCCAGAUGUCAUAGGCAAGGCCUCCUUCCUUCCCACCCAUGGAAAGAAAGAACUGAGAAGGCCAGCUAGCAUCCAUCCUUCUUCAGAGACACUGACCUUGCUGCCGCGAUCUUCAAUUCAAGCUGAACGAGAAGGAUCUCAGGAUUUUACCACCCACCCAAGUGUGCUGAGCACACCACUAGGUGCUGAAAACAUGAUAGACCAUGACAGUGGCAGCUCCAAGCAGCUCCUAUAUUAUAUCUUGGGUGGCAUCGCUGUUUUGCUACUGUUGGCGCUUGCCCUGUCCUUGUUGACCUACAGGAAAAUGAAGGCCAGGAAAACCAACAAGAAAUCGACAAGUGCUGCUGAUAAUUACUCUUGGGUGCCAGAUCAGGGGGAGACCAGGGCGUGACACAAUGGUUACAUGUUGUCAAUGCUGUGUUUCUGUUGUGGCCGUCAUGUUGAGAUGGAGGCAGGGAGGAAAGCAAAGAUCUCUCUCUCUCUCUCUCUCUCUCUGUGUGUGUGUAAAAUGAUGCAAGAACAAAAGUGCAUAUAUGGGGAAAUGUACAAAUCGCAACAGCAACAUUCUUACUGGGCCAUAUGAAACUCUAAGGGUUCAGGCAGAAGUAGGAUUUUAAGAGCAACCCCGGCAGGCUCUGCACUUGUAGAAUAAUCCUAGCUAAGCAUCUCACUUUAGAGAGGUACACAGCAGCAAGCUGAAUGCUGGAUCAACCUUACCUCACCAGCUUUUGGUAACUUGAUAUUUUUUUUAAAGAGCAAUACAUAGAAUUGUAGCAUCAUAGAAUUGUAGAGAUAGAAGGGACCCUCCUGUACAUUUCUUUAUAUGUAUAUGCCCAUCUAUCACUUACUCCCCCUGCUUCCAAAUCAAAACAUUUGAGAACAAUGGUUGCAAAAUUACUCCAGGGAUUGGAGGAAGGAGACCUUGUGGGUGAUGUGAUAGGUGCUUGCCCAUAGGUAUCUUUCAGGAUGUGCUUUUUUCAUAUUCAAGCAGAAUCACUCUGAAAGCUUGCAGAGACAGAUCAGCAGAGGAUCCUCAAACCGUCUCCACAACUCUUAAACCAUUGCUUCUAUUUCACCCUAAGUUAACAAACUUGUGACCCAUACUUGUUGUUGUUUGGUCGUUCAGUCGUGUCCGACUCUUUGUGACCCAUACUUAGGGUACCCUAUAAGGCUUGAGUUUGACUAGAAUUAGAUGAAUUAAAAUCCUAGAACUAUAGUUUAAGCAACCUGUGAAUUAGCUGUCUUUCAAUAAGUUGAAAUCAAAGCAGGAGAUUAAGAAAUGGUAGUGCUUCAUACACAUUUAGACUGCACUGCAGUCUAUGCCAUUCUGCAUUCUAGCCAAAGCAUUUAGGAUAGGCCGAAACAUUGGAGAUGACUGGGAAUCCGACUGUAGGUGUAGCAUCUGUGACAGCCUGGGGUCUUCUUCCAUAUCAGUGCCAGUAUGCUCUUGGGGACCUCUCUGGGCUGCUUCAGGGAACAUGUUGUCAUAAUAAGGACCAAUAUAAGAAGGACCAUGAUUGGGUGCAAAGAAGGAAGUAGUUCUGGGGAAUACCAACAGAAGAUUGAAACCUAGGGCAGCAGCCAUUGUGAGGUUAAUUGUAGUAAUUGUUCAGUGCUGAGUAAACUUUGUUUUUGUUCA